AUGGCGGCUGACGGACUCGCUGUCGAGAAUUUGGACAUCAAAUUGACAUCAAUGAAUCAAAACGCCGCUGAUGACGAAGAAGCGCAUGAGCAACUUCAGCUCAAGGUUUACAAACGCCGAUGGAUUGUGCUUAUUGCAAUUGCUCUUCUAAACAACACUAAUACGAUGUCUUGGAUUUCAUAUGCUCCGUCAGGAAACUACGUCAACACAUUUUACGGCGAAGGAAGUGCAAGCUGGCUCUCCAUGAUAUUUAUGAUUUGCACUAUUCCCGUGGGGAUCUUCGCCAUGUGGGCUGGUCGUGAAUGGGGAAUGCGCACUGCUAUCCUGAUUGCUGGAUGGACAAACGGAAUUGGAUCCAUUAUUCGUGUGAUUUCUUCACUUGGUUUCGUUCCGCAAGAAUGGCGUUUCCCGAUUGUUCUCACCGGUCAAGGAAUUGCUGCAAUUGCCUAUCCAUUCAUCAUGUUCCUUCCGACAAAGGUUGCUGGAUCCUGGUUCCCCGAGAACCAGCGAGCAAUUGCCACCACUAUCGGUGUGAUGUCUAACCCACUUGGAGUCCUUAUGGCCAACCUUAUCAGCCCUCGAAUUGUACAGUCAACGGAGCAUAUAAUUUGGUUGAACAUAUUCACUAUGGUUCCGUCGGUUGCUGCAAUGCUAAUCGCUACGAUUGGUGUUAACCGAAGCGAGCCCAAGAUUCCACCAACCUACAGUGCAAGCAAACCUCAAAUGGAUUUCCUUCCAGGAAUGAAAGCGUGCUUUUCCUCAAAGAACUAUUUGAUUCUUCUUCUCGUCAUGGGAGGUGGAAUUGGAAUGUUCAAUUGCCUUUACACUGUUAUGCUUGAACUUCUUUGUCCAUCUGGAUAUUCGAACACAUUCUCGGGAUUCUGCGCUGCACUGAUGAUUAUUGGAGGUGUAUUCGGAGCUGCUGCAAGUGGAAUCUUUGUCGAUAAAACGAAACUUUAUGAGGAGACGUUGAAAAUUGGAUUAGGAGUGGCUGUGAUAUUUGGGCUCAUCUUCCUGCAGCUCACUCUUCAUACAGGGCUCUCCAUUCCUCUGGCUCUCACGUGCUUGCUUUUUGGUGUUCUUGGGCUUGCCACAUAUCCAAUCGGUCUCGAACUUGCCUCAGAAUGCACGUAUCCAGUAUCUGAAGCGACAUCAACGGGUCUAAUCGUCCUUUCCGGUCAAGUGCAAAGCGUUAUCUACGUUUUUGUCAUGAAAUACUUUGCGCGACCACUUCAACCAGAAAAAAUGAGUAUCCAGGUUUGUCAAGUCGAUUCUAACGACACCGCCAACAUUCCGAAAGAUAACACGAUGUCAAUCAUGAUCUUUUCUCUUCUCGCCGCAUUAUUGGUUCUCGUUCUUGUUUUACUCUUCAAGCCAGUGUACAAGAGAUUGGAAGCGGAACGCGGAAAUCGAGCGGCUGCGGACAAAGCCAAAGAAAUGAUUAAUCAGGAUUCGAAGGUGUCAUUAAAAGCUGACAGCUCGAUUCAGCCACUUCAAUCAUAA